ACUAAUAUCGAAUUACUAAUGCUAAGCGAAAAUGAAAGAUAAAUUAGUAUUUAGAAUAAAAUUUCGACCUUUUCGAUGGUAUUCGGUUUACUGAUUCAUUACCGACCAUGUUGUGGAAUUUCGUCUGGUCUUUACUUUAUUUGGUUCCGAAAUCUUCGUUUGACCAACCACCCUCUUGGCAAAACAUCAGCAUACCGUUUGUGAUAAGGGAUUAUGGUCCUCAAUCUUUGGAAGAAAUGGAGCAGGCUCACAGAGCUCUAUAUUCAGAAAGUGACAUGAUAAUCCCGAGAGGCUUUUCCCAUGGUAUUGGUGCUAGAGACACUAAGUAUCGUUGGCCUGGAUUUCCUGGAAGUGCUGAAGUACCUUAUGUAAUUCACAGCUCCCUAUCAAGCCAACGUGACCUUAUUGAGGAAGCUAUGGAACAAUACAAUAUGCUUACUUGUGUGAGAUUUGUACCAAGAACAACUCAGAGUGAUUACAUUAGAAUUCGAAAAGGGAACAGGUGCAAAACCGUAGUCGGACGUCAGACGGGCUCCCAGGACCUAACUUUAGGUGAUGGGUGCUUUUAUAUUGGAACUAUUGUGCACGAACUUGGUCAUGCACUCGGACUUCUUCAUGAGCAUCAGAGAUCAGACAGAGACAAUUACCUGACCAUUUACCACAGAAAUAUCACUGCAGAUUUGUUUUCUUCAGGUCAAGAAGCUAACUUCAGCAAGAUACCUCUUGAGGAUGAAGCUUCACCCACAUUAUUUAAUUAUAAUUCUAUUAUGAUGUACGGAAAUUAUGCCUACUCCAGACAACAAGGUAGGCUGAUGACCAUGGAAGCUAAAAACGGUGUGCCUUUGCACGACCCAUACAAUAAACCAGGCCUAGAUGACAUGGACAUUGAAAAAGUGAAUAAAUUCUAUCAAUGUUAAGCAACGUAAACUUACAACUAAAUGUUUGUCGUUUCUAAAUGUAAUUAAAUAUUUAUUGAAUAUA